GAUUUACGGCUGUCGUGCUCCCCGCAUCCGCCAUCAUGAAAGCCGCGGCGUUGGUGGAGGAGCGGAAGGCGCCGAUGGAGGGAGGAUCGCAGGACGAGGCAGAGGGGAAUGCAGAUGCGGCGGAGGAGCAGGAGGAGCCCGAGGAAGCGGACUGCGAUGGCAGCAGCAAGAAGAAGAAGAGGGUAGUGCCGGGUAUUGUUUACCUGGGACACGUCCCGCCGCGAUUCCGGCCCUUGCACGUUCGCAACCUGCUCAGCGCCUACGGUGAGGUGGGACGCGUUUUCUUCCAGGCCGAAGACCGCUUUGUGAGACGCAAAAAGAAGGCAGCUGCGGCUGCAGGAGGGAAGAAGGCAGCUAAGUACAGCAAGGACUAUACAGAAGGCUGGGUGGAAUUCCGUGACAAGCGCAUAGCCAAGCGAGUAGCAGCCAGUCUACACAACACGCCCAUGGGUGCCCGCAGGCGCAGCCCCUUCCGUUACGACCUGUGGAACCUCAAGUAUUUGCAUCGUUUUACUUGGUCGCAUCUCAGCGAACACCUUGCCUUUGAGCGCCAGGUACGGAGACAGCGCCUAAGAGCAGAAGUCGCCCAAGCAAAGCGAGAGACUGACUUCUAUCUUCAAAGUGUAGAACGGGGAAAACGCUUCCUUGCAGCGGAUGGGGAUGCUACUCGCCCAAAUAGCUCCUGGACAUUUGCUCAACGUCCCACUGAGCAGGAGCUGAGGGCCCGUAAGACAGCACGGCCAGGAGGGCGGGAACGAGCUCGACUGGCAAACGCCCAGGACCAGGCCCGAUCCAACAAAGGGCUCCUUGCCAAGAUCUUUGGAGCCCCUCCACCUGCAGAGAGCAAAGAAGAACCAUAGCCAGCAAGGGGCUCCUGGUGGAAAAGGAAGCCACUUUUACCUACCAGCCCUGCUCUCUGCUGGUCUGUCCCCCGCAGAGUGUAACCGACAGCCCAGGAAGAUAUUUUCUCUCUAUUCCGCAGACCAAGAGUCUGGUAAAAAGGCCUUUUAUUGUAGGCCUCUUUUACCUACCCUGAUCAAAUCCUGUAAGUGCCCAGUUGAGAACUUACUCUCCAGGUUGAUUACUCCUUGAAGUGCCUGUUUUCUUUUGUUGGACUUCUGGUUGCCUGCCUCUUUCUCGGUGGGCUCCUAACAAUCUCUGGCUUGAAAGUGUGGAUUUGCCUUCCACUAGCGUAGCCAUGACAAGCCCGUGUGGUCUGUGGUAGGCGGCAGGAAUUGGCUUAGUGGCCCAACUUGAAGUUUUUGUUUGAAAAUAAAAAAUAAUCAAAAGCUUCAGAGAAACCCUGUUUCAAAAAACAAAACGAAACAAAAAAAUUGUGUGUUUAGUUUUUCAGGUGGGAAUCGUUGAGUGAGUUUCAACUUCUUUUGAAGCCAAACUCAGUUACUCUGGUGCAGACAUGGUGCAGACUCAUGACUCAUUUUGAGACAGGGCCUCAACAAGUGUUCAGGUUAGCUAUGAGUUCAUUCUGUGAGUUACUGGUAAGCCUUGAGCUAACUCUGUGGCCAGGUAGGCCCUGAACUUGAAAUCCUGUCUCAGCCUCCCAAAUAGCUGAGAUUAUAGGUGUAUGUCAACAAACCUAGCUUCAAUGUUAUACAUACAUAAUAAAAUAAUGUGUGUUCCUUUUCUUUGUA